AUGGUUCAUCUCGUUGGCUUCGUGCAGCCCCCGCGGCUCCUGCCCUGUCCGCCCGUGCCGCGCGCCGCGCGACAUGGACUCCGGGCCCGGGGGCACAGCGUGGUGCUGCUCUCGCGCUUUGCGCGGAAGAUGAAGGGCUUGGUGAAUCAGGGUCGGCAAGAACCGUUGCCCUUCACUAAAGACGAAGACAGUGGCAGGGCCGCACCUUCCAAGUUGCAACUGGCCUCUGCAGCGGUCUUUACCGGACUGGCUGCUGGGGCAGCCACAGGUGUGGCGACACUGUCCAUUUGUGCACCGGUGAUAGGGCACAUGAUGGCGCGCACCACGACGCCUCUGGUGGGUGGCUACCUGCGGCAAUUCUUCCAGCGACGUUCCGAGCUCAGGGACCAAGCCACAGCAGGCACCUUCCUCUUGGAGGCUCCUGCCAUCUGGGAGAUGUCCCGUGGCCGCCUGGUCUUGGAGGGGAUGCUGCUGCAACAAGCUCCCUCCACGUGCUCCGCGGAGCACGUGGCGUUGCUACACUUUCCAUCCGCCCAGAUGGCAAAGUCCUUUUUGGAGCACCAGCAGUUGGCAGAUUUGAAGAAGGAGGUUUUGGAUGGUUUCGAGAGCAUGGAGCUCUCAGCUAAGAGUGUGUGGCGAGCCUACCUGACCGCCUUCAGCAUUCGCACCUUGGUGCCACGGCGUUUCUGCAAGGCCUCCGCAGCGCUGCUGGCGCAGCAGCUGGCGCGGGGACAGCUCCAGGGCCCCGUGGCCGUGGUGCACUUCGUCUCAGCCGGGACCUCGGUGCAGCUGGCGCGGCGCGCCGCGGGCAGCUGCUUGCGCCAGGUGCUCCAAGCCGGGGGAAGGGGGAGAUACUUUGCCACCACCAUAGUGGGAGAUGGAGAUGUGGAACUGAUUGUCUCCUAUUGGCAUCGUCCUGGUCAGCUGAUGAAGUACCUGCGCAGUGCUGCGCAGAGCGACUGGCCAGAGGAUGAAGACGAGAUUAUGGAUGCGGCCGUGGAACAGCUUUUGGCGGACCAGGGUGGUAGCGUACGACCGCCUGGGCGUUUUCUCUUCGCCCAGAUUUUGGCACCUGGGUACACCCUGAAGGUCGCCUUUGGGCACCCCGCAGAGGUGGCAGUACUGGACGGCGGACUGCCGCGCUGGAAGGAGCUAGGCUAUCCCCUAGAGGAAGGGCCGCCGCCCGAACCGGCGGCCCCGGCCAAGAUGGCGCGCUGGAGUAAAGUGCAGGAGGCUGUGUGGGACAAGUCCCAGGUCAUAGCCAACUGCCGCAGCGGCGCCUCGCUCCACCUGGACGCCCGCCCGGCGCCGCGCUUCCACGGCGAGGCGCCCGAGCCGCGGCCGGGGAUGCGCCUGGGACACGUGCCGCGCAGCGUGUCGCUGCCCGCGGGGAGCGUCUUGAAGGGAACGAAGCUUGGGAUCGAUGGGGGAGCUUUCCCCGGGAUGAUGCUGCCCAAAGAGGAUCUGAUGAAAGUGGCGCAAUCUGCGGGGGUCUCCUUGGACCAUGUCGCCUCUCCUGACGGUCCCAGGAUCUUGACCUCCUGCGGUUCGGGGCUGACGGCCUGCGUCAUCGGUUUGGGGUUGCACCAGCUGGGCAUGCCCUUGACUCGCUGGGCCGUCUACGACGGCUCCUGGGCCGAGUGGGGCGCUGACCAGGAGGGAUGUGACAUGAGGCCAUGGAGUGCCCAAAAGAAGAUAGAAGCGUUAUGA